AUGGCUCGUUCCAGUGUCAGCCAAUGAGGAAAGCGCUUCUUAUCGUGCCCCGAAACUCUCACGGCCGCCAUGAUGCUUGUUUGCCUUCAGUGAGAAACAGCAGCGGAUCAGAAACAAAGGAAACGCGCACUCGUCUUUGUGAAUUGGUAUGAGCUUACAGUGUUACAGGGAUGCCCAAGGAAAAAUAUGAUCCGCCAGACCCAAGGCGGAUGUACACAAUAAUGUCAAGCGAGGAGGCGGCCAAUGGGAAGAAGUCAUAUUGGGCAGAGCUGGAGAUUGUUGGGAAAGUAAGGAGUUUGAGUUCAUCAUUAUGGUCCCUCACCCACCUCACUGCGCUUCAUAUCAGUGAUAACUCACUGUCACGUAUCCCGCCCGACAUUGCCAAACUACACAACUUGGUGUACCUGGACCUCUCGUCCAAUAAGAUCAGGAGCCUGCCCGCCGAACUAGGCAACAUGGUAUCUCUCAGGGAACUGCUUUUAAAUAACAACCAGUUACGAGUUCUGCCUUUUGAGCUUGGAAAACUCUUUCAGUUACAAACAUUGGGGUUAAAAGGAAACCCUCUUGCACAAGAAAUCAUGAGCCUCUACCAAGAGCCCGAUGGGACACGCCGGCUCCUGAACUACCUGCUGGACAAUCUCGCAGGCACCAAACGCGUAUCUGUAGAACAGCCACCACCUCGCUCGUGGAUGGCACUGCAGGAGCCAGAUAGGACGCGGCCAGCAGUUCUGUUCUCUGUAAUGUGCUACAACGUGCUGUGUGAUAAAUAUGCCACACGUCAGCUCUACGGCUAUUGUCCUUCCUGGGCCCUCAACUGGGAAUACAGGAAGAAGGCUAUCAUGCAGGAGAUCCUUAGCUGCGGCGCAGACAUCAUCAGCUUACAGGAAGUGGAAACAGAGCAGUACUACAACUACUUUCUGGUGGAGCUAAAAGAACAGGGUUAUGAAGGAUUCUUCAGCCCCAAGUCGCGAGCAAGAACGAUGUCGGAGUGCGACCGCAAACAUGUGGACGGCUGCGCUGUCUUCUACAAAACCGAUAAGUUCAGUCUGGUGCAGAAACACACAGUGGAGUUCAAUCAGUUGGCUAUGGCAAACUCUGAGGGAUCAGAGGCCAUGUUAAACAGGGUGAUGACCAAGGACAACAUCGGCGUUGCUGUACUGCUAGAGCUACGGAAAGAAACGAUGGAGCAGUCUGCUGGCAAGCCAUUGCAUGGCAUGGAGAAACAGCUCCUCCUAGUGGCCAAUGCCCACAUGCACUGGGACCCAGAGUACUCUGAUGUGAAACUAGUGCAGACCAUGAUGUUCCUGUCCGAGGUGAAGAACAUCGUGGACAAAGCCACCCGCAGCCUGAAGCUGUCCUCCGUCUCCGGAGAAACCAACGCCGUCCCCCUCGUCCUGUGCGCUGACCUCAACUCUCUACCUGAUUCAGGUGUGGUGGAGUACCUGAGCACAGGUGGUGUGGACAGCACACACAAAGACUUCAAAGAACUGCGAUACAUCGACAGCUUGACCAACUUCAACUGUAAUGGAAAGAACGGCACAUCCAGCACCAGGAUCACGCACGGCUUUAAGCUGAAGAGCGCUUAUGAGAACGGCCUGAUGCCUUACACAAACUACACCUAUGACUUUAAGGGCAUCAUCGAUUACAUCUUCUACUCUCAACCGUUGCUCAACGUGCUGGGCGUGCUAGGUCCACUGGAUCCCCACUGGCUCCAAGAGAACAGUAUCACUGGUUGCCCCCAUCCCAACAUUCCCUCCGAUCACUUCUCCCUCUUUGCACAACUGGAGCUACUCCUGCCCUACCCUCCUGCCAUCAACGGCAUACACCUGCCCGUCCGCAGGUAGUUCUCCGAGCCAGCAGGGGGAGCUCAAGCCCGCGUUUCCUUUUUCUCUCUCGCAUUGGAGAAAGAAAGAGGCAGGGGCUGUUGUGUAUAAAUCUGAAUCUGAAGAGGAGACGAUGGGGUAUCUCAAACUUUUAUUCCCACGGAUUUUAACCGAAGCAGACGCAAAUGUCAGUCUUAUCUAUACCACCUCCCACCUGCUUUAGUUUUCACGUUUUUCCCUCUCUGCGUUUCUGGGCACAAGUUACCGUUCUGUACUUUUUCCAGACUGCGUAAGAAACCCUAAGGGCCCUGAGCGAUCAUGUAAGUUUUACCUUAAGACAAAAGUCAAAGCUUUUUUAUAUAAUUACAAGGCAAUAUCUUUGAAACACGUGCAGGGAGUCCAGAAUCAAGUUAUCAUGACACUCAUAAUUUGGCCAGUUUAGAGAGAGAGCGAGCAGCUUAGUUUGAGCGAAUAAUACAAAUUUCACCAGCUUAGGAGCAACCCUUUAUCCAAGGGCUUCAAAUGUGUAACGAGAGCUGGCCAAACUCUCACACUUGCACUCUGUGGUGCUGUGACCUCCCUAUGGGCGUCCUGCCUGUUCUCUAGCUGUACACCAGCGGGUCACCAUCGCCACCUCGUGGGCCUUGUCCAUCUUAUCAUUUCUUAAAGGUAAAGAGUUAUAUCAUGUUACGGCGAUGCUUUGAAAAGAGCCAAAACGGCCUGCUGUUUCACGUGCCAAUGAGCCCUUAGUGAUCUGGUGUUUACAGCUAAGAGAGAAGGAUGAUCCGAAACGGGCAGCUGAGUUUUUUGCAUAUGCCCUGGAGUGCUGGUCCCAGACCUGUUGAGUUUGGCUAGAGAAGCACAUCAUCCCAUGCAUGGACGAAUAAAUGAACGCAUCAGUGUGGCCAGUAGAUUUUUUUUUUCUUCCCCACUCCCAAGUUUCUUUCUGUUAUUCUCUUCAUGAUUGUAUACAAGCAAAAGUCCUAAACUAGUGUAUUUUGUUUCUAUUUUUUUUAUAUGUACACAAUUUGGAUAAAAAAUGAUUGUAUUGUAAAUGAAAGCAAAAUUUUUAUCCGUUUUAGAUGUUCAUCCUUAUGAGCAUUCUCAAAGACCAGCGUGUGUAAUAUAAAUUUAUUUUCAGGUUUCUGCUGUGUAAAGUUGCACUUGUCGAGGUUUCUUAUUCCCUCCUCCGCAGUUCCCCAGUGUACCUCAUAUUCAUGACUUCCUUUGUUAUUCUACUGAGGCGGAUAUCUAGUGAUGUGGUCCCCGCUUUGAUAUUCGAAAACGUGUGUGCCUCACUGGUUUGUUACUCUAAGCGCACUGCCAGUGCUAUCAGUGAAUCUUUGUAUGCGUUCACCAUCCUCAUCGUUUCACCUAAAAACAUAUUCGUUCGGGUGUUAUUUUAGCUGCUGUGCUAACCGUCAUUUUUAAGAAAUCCCAUCAUGCCUGUUCUCAGUUUUUACUGCCACUUCCUCCCUGUCGACUCAGGCGAUUCACUUUAAUGGUAUAUAUUUCUUUGACUCUUGUCCUGUGUCAUUUCUGUUCGACCACGGUUAUCUCCUCUUGCGUUGUGCCAUUUAAUGCAUUCAGCCACAAGGCCAAGUGUAAAGCUAGAUUUACUACUGUAAAAUCACUCUGACCUUGUAAAAAAGAAGAAAACACAAGGCCCGAGUGUCAUUUCAGUAAAGUGGUCUCAUUUUAAUUUUGACCGUUUGUUUAUUUUUCCCCUCUUUUUGUCAUGUUUUAAAAAUGAAAUGGAUUGACAAGCACUUAUUGUAAAUCACUGGUGCAGCUACUCAUUGCUUUUUUAAAUGAAAACACGCUUUUGCCGUAAGGCAGGGGUCAAUUUUAAUGACUUUUAUUAAGCAAGAGUAAAUGGGAGGGGGGGUGAACUGGGGUGGACCAUCUUAUAGUUCUCCAUUUUGGUGUCCCUUUUUAUUCCACGCAUUGUCUGUCUAUAAAUUUGUUUUUGUUUCUUCUGGUUGUUUUAAUUGAAAGCAACUUGUCUGGUUAUAUUGGAUUGCUGAUGGUGUUGUAGUAAAAAGAAUUUUUGUAAAGUGUGAAUAAAUAAUGUAUCACGUUUCCUUACUUUGAA